CUCCAACCGCCAACAUUCCCCAGCGUACCCCCCGAGUUCUCUCCCCUCCGACCGUUUACUUGUCCCGCCUCUUGGACGCCGUUGAUCUGCGAAAAACGACUCAAGUUUUUCUUUACCCCUCAUUCUAGUUGGAUAUUCUCGUCCAGUUCCUGCUGGCUGGUCCUGUCGCAAACCGCCCGUCCAUGGUCCCACCACCCGCAUCCCCUCUCCUUCUGAACGCCGCGAGAUUCGGAUAGAGAAAAGCGCCCCCUCAUGUCGACAGCAUCGAACCAAUCUCGAGGUCUCAACCGACGGAUCAACAGCCUUCAAAAUGAAGGACACCAUUCGCGCAAUCUUUCGGCGUCGCGCCGGCGCCCAGUCAACAACACGGCAGCCUACACCUACGCUCUCCGAGUAGCUUACCUCGCCCAUCUCCUCCAGCCUCGUUCGCGACGUGUACAGAAUGUACCAGCGCCCCAGCGGCCCAAGCGAGCGUCGACCUCUUUCCACGAUCUAAUGAGCGACUUUUCCCUUGUGAGGGACUCCAAGAGCACAAGAUUCCCGCAUGGAUUCAUAUCGGAACUCGAGAAGCGGUUGACGGGCAUUCUAACAAAGAAAGAGAAGCGAAAGGAAUAUCAGGAUCCGCUGGUCGUGCGAACGUUCGCUGCCUUUCUCAAUACUCUCAAGGAGCAGUCCUUCAGGAAACGUAUGGAAAAGGAUCGCCGCGCGGAAGAUCUCGUUCUCAUCUUCUAUUCGAACGCCACCAAAGAGUUGAGCAAGGGCAAGGAUUCGGACGAUGACAGUUGGAAGUUAAUGGUGGACCGACACGUCGCACUCUUUGUCCGGCUCUUUGCACUUAUUCUCAAAAGUAAUGAGUGGGCGAAAGAUCGACCCGAGUUGUCCAACCGACUUUCGGUCCUAGAAAACAAGCUGCUCUCGCAAGAUCAAGACCUUGUGCAGGGGGACAGGGCUGAUACAACAGAAGUAGUGGCCCCGUUGAGCUACGAUGUGAAAGACAUGCCUCUCGUACAACAUGUGGCGGCUAUCUAUGGCAUGACCUCAAGCCAGGUGCAGUCUGACAUAGACAAACACAGAGCCGUAUGGACAGCACAGGCAGCUCUUCAGGAUUUGAAGGCUUACCAAACCCACCUUAGUCUCAGCACCCCCAAAACGCUUUCCGCGCAGGACUUUGAGAAUGAGGAAGCGUAUGAACUGUGGAAGAAAAGCGAAGCCCCCGAUCUAUCGCAAAUGAUGCUUGCUAUCGUACAAGCCAACCCAGAACUCGCUAAGAGCACCCCGGGCAGCGCACUUCCCCGAUUCAACACCGGUCUCAGUGAUCACAAUCACGAAACAAGUCCCGGAGGGUCAGCCAGACCAACUUCGUAUAUCAUCGACCAACCUAUGGACCUGAGCUCACUUUCGUUGAGUGAAAGCAAUGGCAAUGAAUCUGAAGAAUCCGACACCUACGUGUACAUACCACCGGAUCCGAGGUACAUGUACAAGUCCAUCUUAGCCCAAACUCUUCACCACGACCUCCGGGACCAUGAUAUCGAUGCUUCGCCGGUCAGCCCUGACUCCCCUUCCAUGAGGCUUUUAUCAAAGCAAUCCUCUGAACUUCUAAACGAAAUUUGUCUCCGCUGGCGCAUUCCCAACUUCUCCCGAGUUGUUCUGUUCCUUGAGGUCAUUCGGACCAAGUUUGUCGAUAAUGAAAUCGAUUUGGACACCCUCGAUUCGGCAUUCACAUUUGUCAAAGAGGUACCGUCGUCAGAAGGCAAAAAGCGCAGCAGUUUUGUGGCUUCUGUCUUUUUCGAGAGGCAGAGAUGGACCAUUCAUGACCUUCUUCUAAUGCAGCAAAUACUCUCUUCCCUCCAUGAAGCGCUCCUGCGAGAAUUAUACGACGUCAUGAUGGACUGCUUCGAGGAUAAGCCCCGUCCAAUAGGGCCGGUGAUGUACGUCUUGGAUAAUCACAUCCAGAUGGAUCCAAGCUAUACGGAAGACGGUGAAGAUAUUGAUCGCUUUCGCUCUUAUGUUCAAGAUGGGCUUGCACAGAAAGCAACGGAGAGACACCAAGCCCUUCUUAGUCAGAUGGUACCUGUCGAACAAGAGGUCUGGGAGUUGGCUCACGUCAUUCAGCUCUGCGAUGCUAUCAUGAAACUUGGUCAAAAGAUCAAGAAACGUUAUCGCAAGAAUCCAGAGAUCAUGGGGGUCAAUCCUUACAAAACUCUGCUCGCAAAUGUUCUUCCCAUAUUUUCCGAAGAUGCCCAUGAGAUGGUUGUCAGGAUAGUAGAGCAAGAAAAAGCUCAAGAGCUAGAGAUACCGAUGGAAGACGGUUUUGAACUAUACAAGCAAUUGGCUAGUUUGCGCCGCAUCUUCGCUGAGGAACUUCCUGGAUCCCCUUUCCCUUUCCAGGUCGAAAGCCUGCUUGGAGAAUUCGUUUGGCGCUGGAUUCGGCUUACUGAUCAAAAGAUCAUGGAUUGGGUCGAACAAGCCAUCAAGCAAGAUCAGUUCAAAGUCCGGGCCGAUGACACGACAGAGAUGGCUCCCGAAGAGUCCCGGCACAGUGUGUCAGUUAUCGACAUUUUCCGCUCCUUCAAUCAAGUCAUAGAACAAAUGAUUGGUCUUGAGUGGGACGAUGACUUCCAAUAUGCAAAGUUCAUGACCGCUCUCUCCAGGUCGAUUGGAAAGGGCGUGACGAGGUAUUGUGAGUCACUCGAGCAGAUGUUUGCCAAAGAAAUGGACCGCCUCUCGCCGGAUCAAGAGGCGGCUAUGAAUCAAACUGCUCAGGAGAAAUUGAUGCAGAUGGCCAAGGAGGCAUGGGCAAACAAAGAGAAGAUCGAACCCUUCCAUUUCUUCCCACAGUCUCUGGUCAAACUGAACAAUGUCGAGUACGCACUUUCUCAGUUGGACAAGCUUGAACGUGAGAUCAAUGUCGAUGGUUGCGCAGAAGUCAUCGCGCAACAUGCACCCCCUCAAACUCUGAAAAUGCGCAGGUCGGCAACGUAUGUGUUUACGAUCAAGGUUGUGGAGGCUGAAGAUCUCAAAGCUUGCGACAUGAACGGAAGCAGCGAUCCCUAUGUCGUAUUGACAGACGAGUAUCAGAAGCGGAUCGCGAAGACACGCAUUAUCUACAACAAUUUAAAUCCACGAUGGGAAGACGCCGUCGAUAUCACGACGCAGGGCCCUCUUAACAUCAUCGCUACUGCUUGGGAUUGGGACGCAGUAGGCGAUCAUGACUACGUCGGACGGACCUCGAUCAAGCUUGAUCCUGUCCAUUUCAGCGACUUCCUUCCGAAGGACUACUGGCUUGACCUGGAUACGCAAGGCAGACUUUUACUCCGCGUUAGCAUGGAAGGAGAACGAGAUGAUAUCCAGUUCUACUUUGGCAAAUCUUUCCGAACACUGAAGCGUACCGAAAGGGAUAUGACUCGCAAGAUCACGGAAAAGCUCUCUGCAUACAUCACGUAUUGUCUGUCGCGGCGAACUCUUAAAUCACUGCUCUCCCGAGGGAUCAGUAUGUCAACCGUUUCGAACUUCCUCAACCGAAACCGUGCGCAGGCCACGGCCGUAACACCCUCCAAUGCAGACAUUGAAAAUGCGUUGGCGCCCCUCUUUGUCUACUUCAACGAUAAUUUUGCCAUAAUGAACAAAACCCUCACAUCUGAAGCCAUGAGAAUGGUCAUGGCCCGUCUAUGGAAAGAGGUCCUUGCUACAAUUGAGAGUCUUCUUGUGCCUCCUUUGUCAGACAAACCGUCGCAUCAAAAGCCUCUGACAAUGCAAGAGGUCGACAUCGUGUCACGCUGGCUCGUGCUCCUUCUGAACUUCUUCCACGCCAUCGACGACGAAACGGGCGAGGCAAACGGAGUGACCCUGGACAUUUUGAAAUCACCCAAGUACCACGAGAUCCAAACGCUGAACUUCUUCUACUUCGAACCCACCGAGAACCUCAUCCGGACAUCAGAACGGAUGGCCUCAGCAACGAUCCACCGACAGCAAGCCCACAAAAACCGAACAUCAGCGCCUCCUCUCCUGGGCUCCUCGGGGCCAGGCACCGUUCUCGGCCUCCCCAGCGCCCGGCGCGCAAAGAGCAUCAUGCUCUCGCGGAACCUCGGCACAAUGAAAAAGCUCAAGGAAGAAAGGUGGCGCGAGGCCCAAGCCGAGCCCAACGACGACAUGAUCCUGCGGAUUCUCCGCAUGAGACCUGAAGCAGCAGGGUAUUUGCGCGAUCGAAGCCGGCAAAAGGAGCGUCUCGCCGCCGCGGCAGCCGCAGAUGCUAUUGUGAAACAGAGCUUGAUGGCCGGUGCGGGGGGGAGAAUGACGGGGACUCUUGGACGGCGGUGAUUGACCGCU